GCGCGCUGGCUCCGGCGGCCGCUCCUUACCAUGGCUGGCCUGGGGCGGCCGGGCCCGGGGCCUCGCGCGGCGAUGCCCGCCUGGAAGCGGGAGAUCCUGGAGCGGAAGCGGGCCAAGCUGGCGGCCCUGAGCGGAGGCGCGGCGCCCGGGGCUGGGUCGGACGCGGGGGGACCCGCAGAACCGGCGGACGAGCGGCUCGUGCUGGCCGAUAGCCUGGGCCCACUGCGCGAGAACCCGUUCAUGCGGCUAGAGUCGGAGCGGCGGCUCGGGGCGCGGCGCGGUGGGGGCGCGGGCGCGGCGGGGGCGCGGCCGGUGCAGCAGCUGCUGGAGCUGUACAGCCGCGUGCCUGGCGUGCGGACCAUCCGCGCCGACAACAUUCUCAUCAUCGAGUCAGCGCCCGGAUUCCUGCCCGCCACCCCCGACCCCGACGCCGGCCCAGCCACCCGCAUCUGCGCCGCCGAGGUGCUGGUAUAUGAGGCGCCGGCACCGCCCGGCCGCGUCAGCCGUCUGCUCCAGAAGUUUGACCCACCGGCCGCGCCUCGCUGUCGUGGAAGCCCGGAGCGCAGUCGUCCCCUGCCGCCGCCGCCGCCGCCGCCUCCGCCGCCCCCGCCACCCGCCCCUUGCCCGACUGGCCCGCGGGUGGGCGAGCGCGUCGCCUGCUUCGAGCCCAAGCGCCGCGGUGCAGGCCCUGGGGCCCGACGCAGCGACUUCCUGCAGAAGACCAGCAGCAACUCCUUCACCGUCCAUCCCCGCGGCCUGCACCGCGGUCCGGGCUCUCGCCCGCUCCCCAACGGGCCCGCAUCCCCGGAGCCCCGGGCCGGAGCUGCCAACGGCAUUGCGGGCUCUGCGUUUGGGCCGAGCGAGGGCAAGCCAAAGGUGGAGUCGGGGCAGUCCCCCACCCACCCGCCCCCUAGUCCCGGGACCUCCAGUGCCACUCCAGCUGCGCCCCCGGCCUUGCCCAUGCCCAGCCAUGCCAGUGCCACUCCAAGCCAGCGCCAGUGGGUCUCCUCAGCCACCAGCGCCAACGACUCCUUCGAGAUACGGCCGGCCCCCAAGCCAGAUAUGGACACAAUUCCCGCCGGGGACCUGCAGGCCCGGGCCCUGGCCAGCCUCCGCGUGAACUCCCGAAACUCCUUCAUGUUCAUCCCCAAGCGCAAGGCCUCCGGGGCCCCUCCUCCCCAGGGGAGGCAGUCUGUGAGGCCACCGGAGGGAGAGGCUGUCUGGGCUUCCCAGGGCCCGCAGAGUGGAGCCCAGCUGGUGCCUGGAGCGGAUAGGGCGCCUGUCAGUGGGAGGAGUCCCUUGGGGGUCCAGGAGGGGGCCUGCCCAAGGCCAGCCACGGCCCCAGUGGACCGGGCUGUCAGGUGGCAGAGGCCAUCCUCACCACCGCCUCCCCCCUCCCUUCCGGCUGCCGCCGAAGCUGAGCCUUCCCAGGGCUUCGGGGUUUCCGGCCUGGCCAAGAUUGGUGGGGAGCCUGGUAGACCAGGGCUGCCUGUCACCUUCAUCGAUGAGGUGGACUCAGAGGAUGACGUCCCCCAAGAAGCCAAAUCGACCUGCCUGGGGGCCGGUGCGUCUCCCCAGCACCACCCGUCAGAGCUCCUGCACCGCGGCGGCAGCACCUUCACAGUGGUGCCCAAGAGGAAGCCAGGGACCCCGCAGGCCAACGGGGAGCCCGGGCCACAGGAGGCCGAGGAGGUUGAGGCGGGCGGCCCCUCAGAGCCUCCACCUGCCCUGGGGGCCGCACCGAAGAAGCGCUACCCCACCGUGCAUGAGAUCGAGGUGAUUGGCGGCUACCUGGCCCUGCAGAAGUCCUGCCUCACCAAGGCCGGCUCCUCCAGAAAGAAGAUGAAGAUCUCCUUCAACGACAAGAGCCUGCACACCACGUUCGAGUACCCCUCUGAGAGCUCGCUGGUGCAGGAGGCGGAAGCGGAGGCAGAGGGAGAGGCGGGGGCGGAGGAGGAGGAGGAGGAGGAGUCUGACCUGAACGGGGCCGUGGAGAAGCCCUUUGCGCUCUUCCUGCCCCGAGCCAAGUUUGUGAACAGCGUGGUGCCCGAGAGCCCUCGCCUGCCCGACGGCAGCUCGGGCCUUUCCAGCUACACCCCAAAGCACUCCGUGGCCUUCAGCAAGUGGCAGGAGCAGGCGCAGGCACAGGCCCCGGUGGAGGCGGAGCCCCCACAGAAGGAGGUCAUGCUCACCCCUGCCAGCCCUGACGACCUCUCGGACUUCCGCAGCGAGCCAGCCCUCUACUUCUGACCCCAGCCCCUCGGGACGGCCAAGCCCCACGCUCACUCUGCACACGCCCUUCUGCCCUGCCAGGCUGUGACCCCCAGAACUCCCCCUCCCUUCCUGGGGCCUCAGAACCAAGCUGGUGCUGGAGGCCUGCGGCCAUUGGCCCCUCGGGUCCUUGUUCUCCCACCGUGGCUUGGGAGCAGGGUCCAGCUGGCUGCCCGGCCCAGGGCCCGUCGGGCGUGUCCGGGUGCACGACGGGCCCAGCUGCCUGUGCUCUGCAGGACCACGAGCCCCCCGGGCUCCCCCAUCCCCAUGGCUGAGUGUGGCCUGCCUCCCUCGGGGCGAAAGCGAGUCUGUGCUCGCCCCAACAAUGGACUCAAUAAAACAGCACUGGACAA